AUGCAAAACCCAGACGUCAACGGAUACCCUGAAAAGGUGCCAAUCACAUACUAUCCUCUCAACACUCAGAAGGCCUACCGCCAUAAUGAGAACAGGAUGAAGGAUAAGCUCUACGCCAAAUACUGCCACCGGGAGCUCUACCUCUACGCCGACAUUCCGCAGUACAUCCGCGAGCAGAUGCCCGCUGAAGGCGUUCUUCCCAUUGGCGACUCUCCUCGUCUCUUGGAGCCCGGCUACCACAAACACGAGAACGGCUGGCGAAUGCUCCCAGACGGCACCGCGUACGUCACGUCACGCACCCGCUUCCCAGGAUCGACAGGAGACAUGGUUCGCUGGUGGUUCUGGUGGCACAGCGUCGAGCCCGAGCGUUAUGCCCUCUGGUUCCCCUACGACCACCUGAGCGCUCGCUCGACUUACGCGGACCGCCUGCACCGCACUGACCUAUCCCACACGCAAAAGUGGCUCGGGUCCACGCACCGUGUAACGGAGUUCAUCGGGUCUCAGAAGAUGACCGUCCACAUCCACUUCGUGGACCCGGCGCAGUACGGCCUGCCGUGGGAUAAGCUCAAGGCCGCGGGCUAUGAGGCAGCGGUGUGUGCGGAGCUGCGGGAUGGGUUGCUGCCGAACCUAAAGAUUGGUGACUUCUUGCACCUCUGGCGUAAGACGGAGGAUGGGCUUGAGUUGCGGAGCCGGUACUGGCUUGGUGGGGGCAUUCACUACAAGGUUAUGGGGAUGAAGGUCGGCAUUGACUAUUUGGCGGGAGCUCUCGGCUUCAAGAAGCGCAUGGCUGGAGAGAACAUUGCCUAUGAGCAUUUCAUUCACGACCAGACCGAGUUUACAAACUUGGCCUCAUUUUUGCCAGAUUUGUAUGGGGACUACAUGGCAGGGAGAUUGGGUAAAUAG